AUGUCGGGAGAAAUGUGUCAAGAUAACUUGAAGGUGCUCACUUCAAAGUAUGGGAUAUGCGUCAUCGGUUAUAACAAGGUUGGUAAAUCGUCAUUGAUAUUUAAUUAUGUACACGAAAAAGUCGAAGACAAUAUCGAUAAUGAAGACGUUUACCCGAAACGAAUAUAUAAUGACAAGUUGCGCCAGUACGAGUCCAUUUUACUAUAUGACAGUAAUUUUGGACGGGAAGAUAUGUUUUCAGGCAGCCAAAGACGACCGAUUGAAAACGCCACAACAUUGGCAUUUGUCUACUCGGUGACUGAUAUAGAUUCCUUCAACGCAGUGGAAGAGUACUACAAUGGCGUACGAUUAUUUCUCAAGUCAGAUCAGUUUCCUCCAUUUGUUAUCAUUGGAACAAAACUGGACCUUGUGGAUGAGAGACGUGUAUACAGUCAUGAUGGGCAAACCCUUGCCGAUAAACUUGGUGCGUUGGCUUUCCACGAGUGUUCGGCAAUGAAAAAUGAGCAUGUCCAAGACUGUUUCCAAGAGUUGGUCAAUCACAUAACAAGUAUAACAGAGCAACAACAAGCAUCGAGGAGGAAGUCGGACGCCUUGGAAAUUUCGGCAAAUUUGUCUAGAGAAAGCUCGAAAAGUUUAUUUUAUGUGCCUACAAUUGAUGAAGCCAACAAUGAUCACUACCUAGAUCUAGAUCAAAAUCAGAACCAGGAUCCUGAACAAAUUGAAAAUGAAAAUGAGAAUAAAAAUGAAAAUAAAAAUAAAAGCCAGGAUCUUGAUCAGAAAAAAAGGACAACACUGAAGUUGGAUUUAAAUGGGUUUCUCAAGGAAUCUCACAGUGUUGAACCAGUAGCAAACAUUUCGCUUCUGUUGGUGAAACUGAAGAACAAACCCACCUUGGAAAAAAAGUCGUCCUACCUGCGACAAAGAUCACAGAGCAUAAGACGUUCACGAUACAGCGAUGAUGAUAAUGACGAAAGUUCAAACAGCAAAUGCUGCUCCAUUGUUUAA